GGAUCAAACCCACAUCCUCAUGGAUACUAGUCAGGUUCGUUACCCCUGAGCCACAACGGGAAACCCUCGGCUUUCUUGAUGGCAAUGAUUUCUUUUCCACCAUUCAGAUCAGUGUUUUCAAACAGUAUUUACAACAGCUCAUUGGUAGUUUAUAAAGUCAAGUUUGUGAUGUGUGAGUAGCAUUGAAAGAAAUUGAAUAGAAAAUAUCAGAGAGCCACACAUGAAGAAAGGAGAAAUAUGGUUUUGAGAAACCUUUGUAUUCCCAGUAUAAUAUGUUUAUACUGUAUACGUAUAUUUAGAUUGUGACACACGCUUAUAUGACUGUAUAAAAAGUAUUACUGUCGGUUAUGGUCACAAUUUGUGAGGCACUGUUUUCGAUGACUAAACCUUUGGUUGACAGAUAGUGUCUGUGUGUGAUUUCUGUCUGCAUGAACCAUUACUGACAUAUCAAUACAGUGGUCAUGCCUGCCGAAAGAUAGCUUAUAUUCUCUGCUUCAUUACUGCUAUCAUUUAAAUAUUCAGAUAGUUGAGAAUUUCCCAUUAUAAGGCUCACGAGGGAAGAACUUGUAGCCCUCUCAUGCAAGGGGCACACUCUGAGAGGGACACUUUUAAAUUCUAAUCCAGGGCCAUUGGUACAAACUUUUUCUGUUUUAUGAACUUAAACUUCCCUCCGAGAUGACUUUCGUAGUGGCUUGUAGUGGAAUUCUGAUAUUUCCCCCUUUCUGUAUGUGUCUGAGUCCUCCCUCCUGGGUAGUAAGACUUCUCACUCGUCAGAGUGAUUGUGUGUGACCCUUCCAGUGUCAUCUUUUCACUCUGGGUGGCACGAAACCCAGCUGCCUUUGAAACUGAGUCCAAUCCUCCAUCUUCUUUGUGACUCAGACCUCUUCCUCCUCUGUGUGACACUGGACACUACUCUAUUUGCAUUUUAGCAAAGAGCCUCUGAGUUUAGAUCAUAGAGGGAAUGUGACAAUCCAUGUCAUCUCUGAAGAAGACAGACUAACUUGGAAGAGCCAGAGAGGGCUGGCUAAACUGUGCUCUACAGCAGAGACUAAAUUGGGCAGAGACAAGAGACAGGCACAGGGAAGCAGAAGGUAGAGGUGAUUCACAGAGAGAAAUUUCAAAUCAGCAAGAGAUUGUUCGUCCACAGAAAGAUCAAAGAUCAGGUCUGCCGAAUAAGCUGACAUGUCGGGAUUCACCGAGUGGGGCUUUCUCAUUCUGACUGUCACUGAGUUCAUUCUGGGAAUGCUGGGGAAUGGUUUCAUAGGGUUGGUCAGUGGCAGCAGCUGGUUCAAGAACAAGAGAAUCUCUUUGUCUGACUUCAUCCUCACUAACUUGGCCCUUUCCAGGAUUGUUCUGCUGUGCAUUCUCUUGGUUGAUGGUGUUUUAAUGGUGUUCUCUCCCAAACUACAUGAUGAGGGGAUAGUAAUGCAAAUUAUUGAUAUUUCCUGGACAUUUACAAACCAUCUGAGCAUUUGGCUUGCCACGUGUCUCAGUGUCUUCUACUGCCUGAAAGUCGCCAGUUUCUCCCAUCCUACAUUCCUCUGGCUCAAAUGGAGAGUUUCCAGGGUGGUUGUAUGGAUGCUGUUGAGUACCCUGCUCUUAUCAUGUGGCAGUGCCAUCUCUCUGAUCCGUGAAUUUAAGAUCUAUUUUGCUCUCAGUGGAAUCGGUGGAUCAGGCAACGUGACUGAGCUCGUUAGAAAGAAAAGAGAUGAGUAUAAACUGAUCCAUGUUCUUGGGACUCUGUGGAACCUCCCUCCCCUGAUGGUGUCUCUAGCCUCCUACUUUCUGCUCAUCCUCUCCCUGGGGAGGCACACGCGGCGGAUGCAGCAAAACUCUACCGGCUCCGGAGACCCAAGUCCUGAGGCCCACAGGAGGGCCAUCAAAAUCAUCCUCUCCUUCCUCUUUCUCUUCCUACUUUACUUUCUUUCCUUUUCAAUUCUGUCAUCCAGUUAUUUUCUGCCAGCAACUAAGACGAUUAUGAGGAUUGCAGAAGUGAUUACAAUGUUAUACCCUGCUGGCCACUCAUAUGUCCUCAUUCUGGGAAACAACAAGCUGAAGCAGAUGUUUGUGGAGAUGCUCUGGUGUGAGCCUGGUCAUCUGAAGCCUGGAUCCAAGGGGCCCUUUUCUCCAUAGAGCAGCACAGGGCACAGGAGAGAGCUUAGGGGUCCUUCAGUCUACCCAAGGUUGCAGGGCUCUUCCUGUGCACCAGUUCUGCAAUGUCAGUAGGAGAGACACUACUGCUUCAUCCUGUCCCACCCAGGGACCCUUCUCAUGGCCUCUCUCUGUAUGGUCCUUUUGGAGAGAGUGAAAUAGUCUUUGGAAAAUGUCAGUAUGGUAAAUAAAACAAGCACUGUACAAACAUGGGGUUGUAUUUUGAUAACUACGAACUCAGCAUAGUGAGCUGGUUGUUAGCUUUAAUUUAAAGUUUAUAGUGAUAGCGAUGCAGUGAACCAGAGGAAAAGAGCAAAAGCACCGCAGUCCCACAGACACAGGUUUACAUUCUGGUUCUGUCCCUCUCCCAAGACUCUUUGGCCUUGGGUGCAUUACUUUAAUAGCCUGUUUGCUCCUCUGUUCCCCCCAUUUAAAAGUGUAGAUUGUGAAAUCAACUUCAAGGGAUUUUAGAGAUUCCUGAGACAAUGUAUGCCAUCAUCUUAGCACAUCGUGUUGUUUUCAGUCGGUGAAGCCGUUAUGGUCCCUGACAGUGAACUGUGCAGCAACAGCAAGUCCCACAAGAUACCAGUUUCCUGUGUGAUGACAAAAGCGGUGGAAUGAAAAUCAAGACCCUUGAUUACAAGCUCCCAACCCAGUUAGGUGGUGAAGUCAUUUUACUUCAGUUUCCAUAGUCCUUUGCAUUUCUCUCUCAUUUUACUAAAUUUUAAGUAAUUUUUUUAGAUUGGGCAAAAAAGU